CUCGCAGGAGAGGAAGAGUCGCGGAAGCGAAGGAAAGGCUCGGCAGGCUAAGCAGCUAGCUCAGAUAACUAUCCCACUAACCAGCGACUUAACCAGGUUUACGGGUUGGAUAGACGCCCAGACGAAGAUCCAGGAUGACAGCUGCACCUUACAACUACUCCUACAUCUUCAAGUACAUCAUCAUCGGUGAUAUGGGCGUCGGGAAGUCGUGUCUACUGCAUCAGUUCACAGAGAAGAAGUUCAUGGCCGACUGUCCUCACACCAUCGGGGUGGAGUUCGGGACAAGGAUCAUGGAGGUCCACGGCCAGAAGGUGAAGCUGCAGAUCUGGGACACUGCAGGUCAGGAGAGGUUCAGGGCCGUCACCAGGUCUUACUACAGAGGGGCCGCCGGGGCCCUCAUGGUCUACGACAUCACCAGGAGGAGCACCUACAAUCACCUGAGCAGCUGGUUGACGGACGCCAGGAACCUGACAAACCCCAACACAGUGAUUAUUCUGAUCGGAAACAAGGCCGACCUGGAGGCUCAGAGAGACGUGACGUACGAGGAAGCCAAACAGUUCGCCGACGAGAACGGUUUGCUGUUUCUGGAGGCCAGCGCCAAAACAGGGGAGAAUGUAGAGGAGGCCUUCCUGGAGGCGGCGAAGAGGAUCUACCAGAACAUCCAAGAUGGCAGUCUGGACCUGAACGCUGCAGAGUCAGGAGUCCAACACAAACCGUCGGCGCCACAAGGAGGCCGCCUCAACGCCGACAGCCAGCCGGCUAAAGAGGGCUGCAGCUGUUAACCACAGACAGAAACUACAGACCCAUCAAACAGAUCGACGGACAGACAGACGGACGGACACAGAGAACCCCUCUACCAGAUAAAUCCAGAGCUGGAUUACAUUUAACAGCGCUGGCAAAGUCCAUCCACCUGUUCAGUCCACCACCCAAUACAAUAUUCAACCAUCUUCCACCCAAUCAAGUAUUUACCAGCUGUGGCUCAAUCAGAAACCCACAUCUGUCGAGACUUCCAGACAUGCUUUUCCCUAUCUUUAGCAAAUAAUUCUAACCUUGCAAGCCUUGGCAGCCCUUUUACUCAAGACUGGAUUCCAUUUGGACGCCAUCUCCACAUCUGGAGUUCUGUCGGCCCAACUCAAGCCAGACUUUGCAAAUACCCUCAACAUCCAAGUCUCAAGAAAAACCAGGCGGAAAGUAACUACAGCCUAAAUCUGUCUUUCUUCACCAUCUGGUCUAAAUAAUGCCCUCAGCUGUCAUAUAAACACACUUGUUGCAAUCUUUGGCAAAUCUGUCUAACCUCUGAAACCUGGACAGCCCUUUUCCCUGAAAAUGGACUCCCAUUUCAAAAUGUCUCAUCAAUGUCUGGGGUUCUUUUGGCCAAGCAAGAUUUGGGGACUAUCAACACCCUCUUCCAGACACGUUUCCUCUAAUCUUUAGCAAAUCAUUCAAACCUCAGAAGCCCAAAGAACCCAUUUUCCCAAGACUGGACCACCCUACCGACCUCGUCUUCUCCAUGUCUACAGUGCUGUUGGCCAGAUUCAAGCAAGACUUUCAUUGAUCUUCAAGUCUCAAGAGGCGGGAAUCAAAUUAGGACACAGUUACUGACUAGAUCUGGGUUUCACCACAGUCUCGACCACCCAAUGCCUUUGGCCCACGCACGUAGCAGUUGUCCCAAUCUUUAGCAAACUAUUGAAGCCCAGACAGCCCCUAUCUUUAAGACUGGACUACCCUCCCAACUCAAGCAAGACUUUAGGGCUAUUCUGAACAUUCAAGUCUGAACUGGCAGGACUCAAAUUAGAACUUACUUACAGCCCAACUCUGGGAUUCACCUCAGUCUGGACCACCCCUGCCCUCAGCCCACAUCCAGACACAGUUGUCUCAAUCUUAAACAAGCUAUUGUAACUUCAAAAGCCCAGACAGCACUUUACCCCACAACAGAACUACCCCGACCUUGUCUUCUCCACAUCUAGACUUCCUUUGGCCUAACUUAAACAAGACUUUGGGACUACCCUCAACACCCAAAUCUCAAAAGGCAAGACUUGAAUCAGGACCAAUUUACAGCCCAAAUCUGGGCUCGGCCACUGCUGCUCUUAGCCCCACAUCCAGACACAUUUGUGUCAGUCUUUGGUAAAUCAUUGUAACCUUAAAAGUCCAGACAACCCCUUCCUCCAUGACUGGACUACUCUUCCACCUCAAGAGUUCUUUUGGCCCAACUCAAGUAAGACUUUGGGAACACCCUCAGCAAAUGAUGUAUCUACAGCCUAAAUCUGGAUAUUACCGCAAUCUUUAGCUAAUCGCUCUAACCUCGGAAGCCUGGACACCCCUUUUCUCCAAGACUGGACUGCCCCUGAGAUUCCCAUCUUUUCCAAGUCUGCUGCACUGUUGGUCCAAGCCCACUGAGGGUAGCUCAAAUGUGACAUCACAGUGGACACAUCCAGAGCCUUGGCUUGACAUCGAUCACCUGAGACUACCUUCAGCUGACAUCAAGAACUUUAGGAUUCCUUCUUCACACAAGGCAUUUGUCACUCUGCCAACAAAAUCCUUCAUGUUUCCAAAUGGUGAUCGUUGACAAAACAAGCCGUCUUUGAGCUGCUUGCCAAUUAUUCUGGUUGUUUUUUUUCCCCAUUCGUUGCUCUGUGUGGACUGUAGACCAGUUCGGUUUGUUGGUCAUUUGGAUCAGAAAAUGCUUUCACACUCUAGUUGUUGAUGUGGACGGUUGAUUUGUGGUCCGAUAGCUGGAUUUACAUUUGGAUCUUAAAUUUCAGUACAGUCCAGUCACCACAAAUGCGGUUUAAAGGGGUACUCCAGUGAUUUUACACAAGAUCAGUUUAUCCUUUAUGCUUAGUGACACUACUGUAUUGUUGACUGUUGUUGGGGAGGAGUUUUCCAAAGUCUGCAAAAGUCCUAUUUUGGGUGGGGCACUUGUUGAUUGGUUGAGUUCUGUAGCAUUUUCCAAACCACCAAGUGCGUUAAUUAGAUUUUUGGUCAUGGUGGUUCAACAUGGGAGUACAUCCAACUGGAACUUUAGGCGGCAAUUCACAAGGAGGUUUGACUAACGACCGUGUCAGUUUGUAGUCGUUUUGUUCUGUUGUGCAAAAAUGAAGCCGUGAAACAGGCGGCGUUUGUUGAUGUGUCAGCUAAUUUGCUUCAUGGGUCUUCAAGCCGUGAUGGAAAUUAAGAUAUUUUAAACUUUCCAAUAAAAUCCAAGGCUUGCACUGAAGUUUGAAAGACGGUGAAUUCACCAGGCGGUUAGGUUGUAGCUAAAGACGCUAUUCUGUUACUCUACAGAAACUGUAGCAUCCAGACUUCUGGAGUUUAGGUAGUAUUAUGUGUUAAAACCAGAAGCACAUCUCUAAAAGUCUCAGAGUGCUUCAGACAGUCCAGAGACGUACUGUCCAACCACAUGUAGCUCACUGGAGUUCCCCUUGAUUCACAAAUAGAAGAAAAUGGUGACGAGGACGAGCUGUGAUCUCAGUCCACAUAGAUCCACUUAAAGAAACUUUUUAGAGGUCUUUGUGGGUUCAGAAUGUUGGUCCUCACCCAAACAGACCUGUAGGAACUUUAUCCAAAAGCGACAUGCGUAAAAACGAACACCAGAGGACAGUGAGACCGUUGACUAAAUUAUCCUGAAUGUUGCUCGACCCGGUCUUACUCAGGUUUACUGAAACCCAACAACCAAACCCACCAUCUGUGCAUCUCCGCACUUUGCCUUUAUUUAAAAUCUGAAACAUUUUACCUUCGUUUGAAGCGAUUUUGAAUAUUGAUUUGCUCUUGGAGAGAUGAAGAAGAAAAAAUGACUUUCCUGAACCAGAAGGUCACUGCUGAUCAAGUUCAGGUUAGAUUUUUAUUAAAUUCCUUUCAUUUUUUUCUUGUUAUUGUCGAUGUUUUUAACCAAAUACGCGUACAUGAUGUUGUGGACGUCACAGCUCCCCCUUGUGGCCAUUCUGUUUUGCUUCCCUCCUGGUUCGGCGCACACGAAGGGAAGAAAAAAAUGGCUCAAGUGGAAGUAAAAAGAUUUCUUUUAAUUUAUUGCUGCCUGUUUUUGUUUUGUGUGUUUGGUUUUCUUUUGAAUGUUACAUCACGAUUCCACUUUAUCUGACUGCGUUACUCUGGUUCCUGUUGCGUUAGCUCCACGCAAGUUAGCAGACGUCAUUUUUGGCAAAAUUCUCCCAUCGAUAACUGAAGGAACAUUUGCGAAAUGUGAAAAACAAUGCCUUCAAGUGCGAUCCAAAUCAACUCAAGGUGCCCGAGCCUUGACCUCCUGAAGUGCUUUAGAGUUUCCUUGACUGUCAUCAAGCCUCGAUCGUCCACUAAAUGAUUAGUUUUAGGCUGUUCACGACGUUUAGCGUGCGAUCCCGGUGCUACAUGAAUCUCUUGUCUCUUAACCGUAACUUGGCUAAAUGUUGCUCCGUGAUAAUCAUUCCAGUCUAUCCAGCUUCAGAACCCAUGCAGCUUGCUAAGCUUUAUUGUGAAACGUUUUAAAGCUGCAUGAGUUGACUUCUGAACAAGUCAAAGCCAAACGAGGAGCCGGAUGUUUGAUGACUGUUAAAACCGAUCGAUUAAUGCAGCGUUAGCCUGAGAUGAUCAUGCUCUCGUCUUGAGUAACGUCAGAUUUACGGUCAACCAAUCAGCUGUAAUCGUGUUUAAACACCAGGAAGAGUGUGGAGAUAAAAAACUUUCCAUCUGUACGGAGUCCCUGAAGUGACAAAUGUCUCCAAUUAGUGAAAUGAUUUUAACAGCAAUUUGUAAGUUAAUAAAACUGCAUUUUGUACAUUAAAUCACUCGUAUGAAAACUUUACGUUUUUGUUGCAGUUUCCUUAUUUUGUCCCUGAAAGAGGAAAAUAAGGUUAAUUUAAAAAAAAAAAAAAAAAAAGAUUAAACUGCUGCUCAGUAUAGGAAAUAUAGAAUAAAUUACCAAAUAUAAUGAAAAACGAAAUAAUUUGAGAUGGGAAACAAAAAAUUCUGAAUAAUUAAAACACUAACUUUCAGUCACAAUCAUGACUUUUUUCAUUUCUAAGCCAAAAAUUUUGAUUAACACAAGUUUCAUACUAUUCUUUUUCUAACUCACCAUAAUUAUUUUCAUUUUAUUUUUAUUAGUGUAUUAGAAAUUAUAACCUGACACACACACAUUUAUUGGUGACUCAAUAAUGAUUCAAAUUAAUAAAGUAAAUGUUAUCUUAAUUUUAGGCUGUUGUUUGUUGUAGAAAAUAAAUGAUAAACUAAUUUGAAGGUAAAGAAAGCAAUCAUGUUUUUUUUUGUAUUUGCAGGACGUUAAAAUUCUUGACUAUGUAAAAACUAGUUUUAAUUUGGUAAAUAUACACGAACUUAAUCGUGACUUGAUGGGUCAAAAGUUGUAGAUUUUUCUGCCGUAAUUGUGACUUAUGUGUAUUAUUACAGAUCGACAUAUUUUAAAAUGUGUCCAAAUUUCCCAAGUUUGAUGCAAAAAAAGUUAGAAUUUUGAUCGACUGCUUUUAUUUUUGCACAUUGAGCACCAGUUUUUUAAAAAUUCCAUUCAACAGAUCAUUUAUUAGCGGCAUUUGUCACCUCUGGGACUCCGUACCAUUUAAUUUAAACGUCAUUUUCCUGCCUUUCUGGUUCUGGUCACAUAUCCAGCCCUAACUUCAGUGUUCAGGAUUUCCGAGGCUGCUGACGGCCCAGAACCUGGUGUUUCUAUGGAGAGGGGUCAUGUGACUCCACUCGCUGUCCUCUGAUUGGUGGACGGCCGCAGCCUUUCUCCCAUGCUCGAUUUCUGAAUGAAGCCCUCCUCGUUGUAAAACAAGACUUCCUAUGUCUUUCUGAAGCGACCUGCACGACGUAUCCGCAGGGAAAAGCAUUUGUUUUUUGUUUUGUUUUUUUUAAGGGGAGAAGAAAUAAUUUCUUCGUUGACGCUCGUUUGUUUUUGAGAUUAUUUGUGACAGUUUGCAGGGACCAAAGAGUCAAAGACAUCAACCAGUAGUCACUGAAUUCCCAAAAGAAAAACCCAAAGUUGUGUCGGAAGCGUUGCCUUAAGCUUCCCUCGCCGUAGAAACACACAAACGUGAUUCACACAAAUAUUUCUAGUGUUCGUUAAUGCCUAAAUUUAAUGUAUCGACUGUAAUCUGGGAGGAAAAACGACAACUUAAUUCAUCUUCAUGUCAAUGAAAUUAAUUAUUUUACAACAGUAAAGAUAAAUCAGAGCUGCUGACUCAUGUUGGUAGCAAAAUGCGAUUUUAAAUAAUUAGUAUUGAUGGAGGAAAUGUUUUUAACUUCGACAGCCAACAACUCCAACAUCACAAAUUAGAUGGAAAAUGCAACAAGAAUCCAGUUUUAUCCCCAUUCAUGGCUGUAACUCGCUCUGUAUGUUUUCGUCUUUUAUUUCUGUAAUAUCUGUUGAUUUCCUGUCUGCUAAAGUAACACACUUCUUCUGAUUCUUGGACUAUUUAUAUUCUUAAUCUGUAAUGAUUUUCUUCAGCUGUACUUUAAAUUGUUCAACCAUAGGGACUCGGUUAUUUGUAAAUAAAGUAUAUAUACUGUA